GCAUCAUUAAAGCAGUUAACUGCUCUAAUUCUUUUUCUCUCUUUUUCUUUUUAAAUAUCUUUAAAGCACAACCUCAGCGUUUGCCUCAGCCAAAUGCUUUGCCACUUGACAAGUAUAAGGAAGGAACCAGCAAAAAGCAAAAUGGUCCCAGAAGUCUGACUAGUGGAAGCGGAUUUUGCAGCGGAGUUAAAGUUGAUGCGCCAGAUAACAGAACAUUUUCUGCACCUGUUUCCCAAAAAAUACACAGAAAAAUUCAGUCCAGCCUGUCGGUCAACACUGAAAGCAGUAAGAAAAGCUCUGCUUAUUCUCAUAAACCGGGUUCUUUACCUGAAGAUUGCUGUGUACACUGUAUUUUGGCCUGCUUGUUCUGUGAAUUCGUCACCCUCUGUGGCCUCAUCCUGGAGCAAACAUCAUGUGGAGUCUGCACAGGAGUGGCCUGCUGCUGUGGGGAAGAAAUGGGAGAUGACUGCAACUGCCCAUGUGACAUGGACUGUGGCAUUAUGGAUGCCUGUUGUGAAUCAGCAGACUGUUUGGAAAUCUGUAUGGAAUGUUGUGGGAUUUGUUUCCCAUCAUAAGUUUCUAUUUAUCCUUUGUCUUUUUGUUGAUGUUUUUCAUGUCAGGGCUCUUAUGUGCAUCUCUAUUUCUAAUAAAUUCUUUCAAAAGGCACUAUUAAAUGUUCUCACAGCAACCUACUUCUUCACACUGGUAAUGUCAUUGGAAAGAAUUUUUGAAUAGUAGGUCAUAAGAAUAAAUGCAGGACAAAUCAUUCACACAAAUGAAACAACAAUCUGAUGAUUGUAUCUGGAAAAAGACAGGAAGGCUAAAUCCAUUAAAUUUUUUUGUUAUUUGAUCUUCGUUUUCAGAGCUGGACAAUCAAACCAUAAUGUUGAAAAAAAUUAUUUUAGUGACUCUUGAUUAGAUAAAUUUGUAACAACCUGUUUUCAAACAAAUGCAUUUUGCUUGAUUUAUUAAAUAUACUUUAUAUUAACUGGAAUGUGAACUGCUUUAUCUGAUCUAGUAAUAUAUAUUAUUAAAGUCUGAAGAGUAACCUUGUUCAUGUUUUAUAGUACACUUUUGUUCACAUCUAUUCUAAGUAAUGAUUGCAGUCUUAAAAGUAGUAUUUACUUCUAUAAUUUUUGUAUACCAUAUGUAAUAUUAUAAAGAAUUAGGGUUGGUUCUUCCUUCCUCUUUGAAAGAAUAAGGCUAACUGUACAAGAAUGCUUUCCUAUGCAAAGAAUAAAAAAGAUUUAAGUAGAAUUUUAAAAACCUUAAAAUACUAUAUGAAAUCAUUAUGCAAGACAUUUUAAAACACUGUAUAGAUUUAAUAUAGUAUUUGAAGUUCUUUAAAGGAGAAGGAAUAUAUUUAGGAAAAGAUAAUGCAUAUCUUGAUUUAAAUAUUCCUAAAUUGUUCUCAUACAGUAAUUAAAAUCUAGUCUAAUGUUUUUAACCAGUAACAGAAUUUUCCAUAUCUUGGAAUAUUGUAGUGUACAUUAUGUCUUCUUGGAAUUUUUAUUGAACUUAAUAGCUUAAAUAUACUGUUUAGAUCCUUUUAGCUAUUUUCAUUUGUGUCAGUAUUUUCUGAUCUCAAUCAUUAUCAACUAUUCAUUUUCAU